GGCUUUGAGCAUAGCUCACUUAGCCACGAAAACAUAAUUCAAAGGUACUGUCUAGACAGCGCUGAUUAGUGAUUAUCGUGAUUAUAGAUUCAAGUCAGUGCAGUCAGUAUCUAGUCGCUCCCAAAACUAUUAGAACAACACAAAGUUAGGUUAAGGCUCGUCUUUUCCCCUCUCUCAUGACCUACCAAACGAAUUCGGAACAAAAUGGUAUCUUACGUCAUUACUAUGACGUUGCAGGUACCAAUUGGUUAACCAAAUGGUAUAAAUACCAACCAAAGCUUGCCGAAAUCACCUAGUGUUUGCUGAAAAUUUUGGUUUUAUGCGGAACGCUUUUCCAAUCGCAGAAUCGCCGCCGGUUUCUCAAUUACUGUAUAGGCAGUUACACACGGACGUGGAUGUCUGAAAACAAAACAUGUACGCACAUAGACCGGUUUUUCAGGCAGCAGACAUCACUGAUCACGGCACGUGUAAUCGUAACUACAUCGUAACCAAGGUUGGAAACGGAACCCACCCUAUAAUAUCAUAUGUCAAUGUCAAUCGUUUGACAAGACGUUCAAGGGUUGUGUUGGUUGAGGGUUGGUGGUUCAAGUUGUUUGGUUUGUUUUGUUUUUGUUGGUUCAUUGUUGACUCUUUUUAGUUUGUGAUUGUUAUCCUGAUCACUAUAAUUUGAAGAAGUUGUGCCUGUGAAAUCAAAAUUUAUGCCUGAAAAAAUGGACCUCGUAUUUAAAGAGUACGAUUUUGUUUGGGCAAAAUUCAUGAACUUCAACCACUGGCCCGCAAUCAUUAUCAAACCGGACCAGAAUGUUAUAGAAAAAGUAUCAAAAGAUUCCCAAUGGGUAUACUUUUUGGAAGAUCAUAACUAUGCAUGGGUUCCUGAGAAGAACAUCAAACCUUACGAAGAAUUCAGAGCGCGUUUUAAAAAUAAAAAGGUGGAGAAGGCGAUGAACGAAAUGGAAGGUUACAUAAGAGAAAAAGCUCUAGAUCCUAACUAUAAGAUACCAAUUUCAAAAUUUGUGGGCAAAAAAUCAGCCUCAGCUAAAAAAAAUACUCAAGUAAAUCGUAAAAGGGGUAGAAAAAGUUUAACAAGUGAUAAUGAAGAGGCUUCUGCUCCACCUGCAAAAACAAGAUAUUAUGCUGAUUCAGACAGUGAUACUUCACAAACGGAUGAUAGUCAAGAAGAUGCUAACACUUCGGAUGGUUCGGGUUACAUUGGAUUUUUUGUUGGCCACAUUAAUGCAGAAUAUUUCCUAGCGAAACUGAUUAAUGCUAACAUCAAGAUAAAUGUGUGGUUUGAAAAUAAAAAGUGGGCCGAAGAAUUGGAAUAUUUACAGGAUUAUGCUAAAGGAAAAGAGGUCUUUUACAGAGUCUGUAGCACUCCACAGCUUGCCAUUGCUAAUAGUAAAGCUACCUUUAGCUGUUUAUCAAAUCCAGAGCAAGCCAAGAGUGUGGUAAACGAAUUGAUGAUUGCCGACAAAAAUCAUGGAUUCUUGAAAGGUAGAGCAUACAUUGAGAUGACAUCAAUAGUUAGUGAUCUGUCCAAAGAGAUCUGUUCUCUUAUCAGGGGAAGAGAAGGGUUAUAUCUGGAGGCCAUGAUACAGGGUAACAGAGACACAAGCAUUCAAAUUCUUGCAGCUGGGACGUUGAGUGUCUUUGAGUUUUGCAAACCUUGUUUUCGAGUUAUGGGAGAGCCAAAUAACUUGGGGGAAGAAGUAGGCCUGGCUACUGACUUCCAUAUGGCAUUCCAGAUGCUGAGAGGAAACUUGUUGGUUUCAAUGACUGAAGGGUUGGCAUUGGCAAAUCAAACUGGUUAUUCUCUUAAACAAAUGAGGAGCGUGUUUCAAAUGACAAACAUUUCGUGUGACUAUUUCGAUAGCAAAAUAACAUCAAUGAUCGAAAAAAGUUAUGAUCAAGUAAACGAACCGGUGCAAAACUUGCAGAAAGAUUUUUCCCAGAGCUUACGAGUUUUCGAUAAGCUGCUGCAUCCCACUCCUCUAACCGCUAACGCUAAUGAAAUUAUGAAACAGACCUGUAACUGGGGUUACGGCGAAUUAGAUACAUCGACGAUUUAUCAAAUAUUAAGAUAUUAAUUGUAUUGUAUAAUGAAAAUUGUGCAAGUUCUCUCUAAGCAUAGAACCUUUUAUGGUCAGAUUAGUGGAUAAUGUUGAAAUGUAACAACUGUGAUGGAUUUGUAUAGCAUUCCAUUAUACAAUAUGAAAAAGUACUAUUUUAAGAAUAAAAAUUUUGCCUGCGAAAUUCAACUCUGAUGUAAGUGUGUGUUAUAUUUAAAUUCUUGUCCUGGAAGGAACUUUAUUGUGUUUUUGAUGAUAAAUACAUCCUGAAUUAGUAUAUAGA